AAUUAUGGAAAAGGAAGGUCGGUCCAUUUAUCAAAACAAAGCAGUGAAUAACGUGAGAGUUCGUACAGAUCCGUUAAUCAAAACAGAGGUAGCUUGAAGCCUUGAACGAGCGAAAUUGUUAUCGUCUUCGUGCCUGUGAGAAAGGAGAACGAAUUUCAGGAUGUCGUGUUUGGUUGGAUGCUGUGCGUCUUUGACUUGCGGUUUGUGCACAUCGGCGGCAUCAACAAUCACAAAGAAAUCAGCUAGGCUCGGCUAUUGCGGUCUCUUUGGUCUCUCUUUGAUCGUCUCUUGGGUCCUUCGUGAAGUCGGCACUCCUCUUUUGAAGCAAAUCCCAUGGAUAAACACUUCCGAUACUCUGUCGGAUGAAUGGUUCCAAAUGGAAGCUGUUCUUCGUGUCAGCCUUGGAAAUUGCUUGUUUUUCACAAUACUUGCUCUUUUGCUGAUUGGUGUAAAGGAUCAAAACGACACACGUGAUGCUUGGCACCAUGGUGGAUGGAUCUUCAAGAUUUUGAUCUGGGCUUUGCUUAUCAUUCUCAUGUUCUUCCUUCCGAAUCCAGUCAUAUCAGUCUAUGGAUGGAUAUCAAAGUUUGGAGCAGGGUUCUUCUUACUAGUCCAAGUGAUUAUAUUAUUGGAUGCUACACAUUCAUGGAACGAUGCUUGGGUUGCCAGAGAUGAACAAAAGUGGUUUGUUGCUUUACUUGUGGUAUCAAUCACUUGCUAUAUUGCUGCCUUUGCAAUUCCAGGAGUGUUGUUUAUUUGGUUCAAUCCCUCUGGCUAUGACUGUGGUCUAAAUAUCUUCUUUCUUGUCAUGACAAUGAUUCUUUCACUUUCAUUUGGCAUCAUUGCGCUACAUCCAGCUGUGAAUGGUAGUCUUUUACCCGCAUCAGUGAUCUCAGUUUACUGUGCUUAUGUUUGUUACACUGCUCUCUCUGCUGAACCCCGAGAUUACGCGUGCAAUGGUCUUAACAAAUCAAAAGCAGUCACAACAAGUACACUUAUUCUUGGCAUGCUUACAACUGUUCUUUCGGUUUUAUAUUCCGCUCUUCGUGCUGGAUCUUCUACCACCUUCCUUUCUCCUCCAUCUUCUCCAAGAGCAGGCGAAAGAGCAUCGCUUCUAGAAUCCGAUGAACUGGAAGAAGGGAAAAAAGGCAAGAAAGAUAGUGAACCGAGGCCCGUGACUUAUUCAUACAUGUUUUUCCAUUUGAUAUUUGCAUCAGCGAGUAUGUAUUCAGCAAUGCUUUUAUCGGGGUGGAGUAGUUCGGAAAGCUCGGAUCUCAUUGAUGUCGGGUGGACAUCGGUUUGGGUUCGUAUAGGCACUGAAUGGGUCACGGCCGGGCUUUAUAUUUGGUCCCUACUUGCCCCGCUUAUGUUCCCGGAUCGUGAGUUUUAUUAGAUGUUUGUUUGUAUGAUGGGUUAAUGUGGUAUGUGGAUAUGGGGUUUCAACUUAAUUUGUUAUCAUGUAAAAAUGUAAAUUCGAAGUAUUUGGAAUAGAUAUAAGGGGGUGUUUGAGAUUGGUUAUUUAAAGCAACUUAUGUGGUA